UGCUCUAUAUAACAAGGCACCCUGCAGCAUCUUUCCUCACAUCUCAAACAGAAACAGAGGAGAGGAGACGACUUUCUCAUCGAGAGAUUACAGAGAGAGAGAGAGCUGGUAUUCAGCUAGUCCUGCUUCCAUGGAGAGAGUUGCAUCAGGCUGCGUGAGCCUUCUAGCACAAAGGAGGGCCUACUCUGUGGCCGCGGCCAUGGCGAAGGGAGCCGGGCGGAGGGCCGACGAGAAGGCGGCGGCGGCCAAGCGCGUGAUGGGCAAGAAGGAAGUGAACACCGCGGCCGCAGUGGCGGAGGAGAAGACGGCGUGGGUGCCGGACCCGGCGACCGGGUACUAUCGCCCGGCCGGUGGCGCCAAGGAGGUGGAUGCGGCGGAGCUCCGCGCCAAGCUGCUGACGCAGGCCGCAAACUGAUGAAUCAAGGUCACUUAUUUGUCCAGCAUGGGUUACCAGUCGUCGAGCUAGCAUAUCUUGCUUUGCUUUAAGAGCCGCGCUCGUUGAUCGCUGGGAUUUGUGGCCUAGAGCAUGAGGGUGCUGUAUCUCCGCAGCAUAGUCGAAUCGUCGGUGACUGCUCCAUCUAGGCACCACAUUUACAUAUAUGAUACGUAUAUAGCUUCCCUGUAACAUCCGGUUUAGCUUUGGAGAUGUGUAAUAUUUUCUGCAAUCUUCUUGUCUGGCUCGUCACAUUCUUGAAUUGACUAUAAUACGGAGUCCAGAAGGGCAGAACCAAACGUGGCAAGUUGUGUUUCCUUUUUAUGGUUCAUGGCUAAUUUCAGUUUGGUCUGUUAAGUUCAUUCUACAAUAUAAUUGAAAACUUUCACUAUUC